GAGCUGUAGGUCCCCGCGGGGCGAUGGGUUGAUGGGCGCCGGGGGACGCAGGAUGCCGGUGCCGCCCGUGCGCCUGCUGCUGCUGCCGCCGCCGCUGCUGCUGCUGUGUCUUCUGCUCCUGGCUCCCGGAACUCGGGGUGCGCCUGGCUGCCCGGUCCCCAUCCGUGGCUGCAAGUGCUCUGGGGAGCGGCCCAAGGGACUAAGUGGCGGCGCCCACAACCCGGCUCGAAGGAGGGUGGUGUGCGGCGGCGGGGACCUCCCCGAACCUCCGGACCCCGGCCUUCUGCCAAACGGCACCAUCACCCUGCUCUUGAGCAACAACAAGAUUACUGCUCUCCGAAAUGGAUCCUUCCUGGGACUCUACCUGCUGGAGAAGUUGGACCUGAGGAACAACGUCAUCAGCACUGUGCAGCCUGGAGCCUUCCUAGGUCUGGGAGAGCUGAAACGCUUAGAUCUCUCCAACAACCGGAUUGGCUGUCUUGCCUCUGAGACAUUUCAAGGCCUCCCCAGACUUCUGAGACUAAACAUAUCUGGGAACAUCUUCUCCAGUCUGCAACCUGGGGUCUUUGAUGAGCUGCUAGCUCUUAGGGUUGUGGACUUCGGCACCGAGUUUCUGACUUGUGACUGCCACCUGCGCUGGCUGCUGCCCUGGGCCCGGAAUCACUCCCUGCAGCUGUCAGAGCGUACGCUUUGUGCCUACCCCAGUGCCCUGCAUGCCCGGGCCCUGAGCAGCCUCCAGGAGCCCCAGCUCCGCUGUGAAGGGGCUCUGGAACUUCAUACGCACUACCUCAUCCCGUCCCUGCGCCAAGUGGUGUUCCAGGGCGACCGUCUGCCCUUCCAGUGCUCUGCCAGCUACUUGGGCAAUGAUACCCGCAUCCACUGGUACCACAACGGGGCCCCUAUGGAGGGUGAUGAGCAGGCAGGCAUCGUCCUCACAGAAAACCUCAUCCAUGACUGCACCUUCAUCACCAGUGAGCUGACCCUGUCUCACAUCGGCGUGUGGGCCUCAGGGGAGUGGGAGUGCUCCGUGUCCACGGGCCAAGGCAACACCAGCAAGAAGGUGGAGAUUGUGGUGCUGGAGACCUCCGCCUCCUACUGCCCCGCUGAGCGUGUGACCAACAACCGCGGGGACUUCAGGUGGCCACGCACCUUGGCCGGCAUCACGGCUUACCAGUCCUGCUUACAGUACCCCUUCACCUCUGUGCCUUUGAGUGGGGGAGCCCCAGGCACCCGAGCCUCACGCCGCUGUGACCGAGCUGGCCGCUGGGAGCCCGGGGACUACUCCCACUGUCUGUACACCAAUGACAUCACUCGGGUGCUCUACACCUUUGUGCUGAUGCCCAUCAACGCCUCCAAUGCGUUGACCCUGGCCCACCAGCUCCGGGUGUACACGGCUGAGGCUGCCAGCUUUUCAGACAUGAUGGAUGUAGUCUAUGUGGCUCAGAUGAUCCAGAAAUUUUUGGGUUAUGUUGACCAGAUCAAAGAGCUGGUGGAGGUGAUGGUGGACAUGGCCAGCAACCUGAUGCUGGUGGAUGAGCACCUUUUGUGGCUGGCACAGCGAGAAGAUAAAGCCUGCAGCGGCAUUGUGGGUGCCCUGGAGCGCAUUGGAGGAGCUGCCCUCAGCCCCCAUGCCCAGCACAUCUCUGUGAACUCAAGGAACGUGGCCUUGGAGGCCUACCUCAUCAAGCCUCACAGCUAUGUGGGCCUGACCUGCACGGCCUUCCAGAGGAGGGAGGGAGGCCUGUUGGCUGCACAGCCAGGUGGCCCUGGCCAGAAUGUCCCACUGGAGCCCGAGUCCCUAGCCGAUCAGCAGCUCCGCUUCCGCUGCACCACUGGGAGACCCAACAUUUCUCUAUCAUCCUUCCACAUCAAGAAUAGCGUGGCCCUGGCCUCCAUCCAGCUGCCCCCCAGCCUGUUCUCAACCCUUCCGGCUGCCCUGGCUCCCCCAGUCCCUCCAGAUUGCACCCUGCAACUGCUGGUCUUCAGAAAUGGCCGUCUUUUCCGCAGCCAUGGCAACACUUCCCGUCCUGGAGCAGCUGGGCCCGGCAAGAGGCGUGGUGUGGCCACCCCGGUCAUAUUUGCGGGAACCAGUGGCUGCGGCGUGGGAAACUUGACCGAGCCGGUGGCUGUUUCACUGCGGCACUGGGCCGAAGGAGCUGACCCCAUGGCAGCUUGGUGGAACCAGGAGGGGCCCGGGGGCUGGCUUUCCGAAGGCUGCAAGCUCCGCUUCAGCCAGCCCAAUGUCAGCUCGCUGUACUGCCAGCAUCUGGGCAACGUGGCUGUGCUCAUGGAGCUGAGUGCAUUCCCUCGGGAGGUAGGAGGUUCUGGAGCUGGGUUGCAUCCCGUUGUCUACCCCUGCACGGCCUUGCUGCUACUCUGCCUUUUCUCCACCAUCAUCACCUACAUCCUUAACCACAGCUCCAUCCACGUGUCCCGGAAGGGUUGGCACAUGCUGUUGAAUCUGUGUUUCCACAUGGCCAUGACCUCUGCUGUCUUCGUGGGGGGCAUCACGCUCACCAACUACCAAAUGGUUUGCCAAGCGGUGGGCAUCACUCUGCACUAUUCUUCCUUGUCCACGCUGCUCUGGAUGGGGGUGAAGGCUCGUGUCCUCCACAAGGAGCUCACCUGGAGGGCACCCCCUCCAGAGGAAGGGGAUGCAGCCCCACCUGGUCCUCGCCCCAUGCUCCGGUUCUAUUUGAUUGCUGGAGGGAUCCCCCUCAUAAUCUGCGGCAUCACCGCUGCGGUCAACAUCCACAACUACCGGGACCACAGUCCCUAUUGCUGGCUGGUGUGGCGUCCAAGCCUUGGUGCCUUCUACAUACCGGUGGCGUUGAUCCUGCCCAUCACCUGGAUCUACUUCUUGUGUGCGGGCCUGCACUUACGGGGUCAUGUGGCCCAGAAUCCUAAGCAGGGUAACAGUAGGCUCUCUCCGGAGCCAGGGGAAGACCUGAGGGGUUCCACCAGGCUCAGGAGCAGUGGCGUCCUCCUGAGUGACUCUGGUUCCCUUUUGGCUACAGUUAGCGCAGGGGUAGGGACGCCUGCGCCCCCAGAGGUUGGUGAUGGCGUCUAUUCUCCGGGAGUCCAGCUGGGGGCGCUGAUGACCACACAUUUCCUGUACCUGGCUAUGUGGGCCUGUGGCGCCUUGGCCGUGUCUCAGCGCUGGCUGCCCGGAGUGGUGUGUAGCUGUCUCUAUGGUGUGGCAGCGUCAGCUCUGGGCCUCUUUGUCUUCACGCACCACUGUGCCAGGCGUAGGGAUGUCCGGGCUUCCUGGCGCGCCUGCUGCCCUCCUGCUUCACCCUCGGCCUCCCACGCCCCACCCCGGGCCCUGCCGACGGCUGCGGAGGAUGGAUCCCCAGUGCUGGGGGAGGGACCAGCCUCCCUCAAGUCCUCCCCAAGUGGCAGCAGUGGCCGCGCGCCGCCGCCCCCGUGCAAACUCACCAAUCUGCAGGUAGCCCAGAGUCAGGUGUGCGAGGCCGGCGUGGCUGCCCGCGGGGAUGGAGAGCCAGAGCCCACGGGCUCCCGUGGCAGCCUAGCUCCCCGGCACCAUAACAACCUGCACCACGGACGCCGAGUACACAAGAGUCGGGCCAAGGGCCACCGAGCCGGAGAGACUGGUGGCAAGAGCCGGCUCAAGGCGCUGCGCGCGGGCGCGUCCCCAGGAGCUCCCGAGCUGCUGUCCAGUGAGAGCGGCAGCUUGCACAACAGCCCCUCUGACAGCUACCCGGGCAGCAGCCGCAACAGCCCCGGCGACGGCCUCCCACUCGAGGGUGAGCCCAUGCUCACGCCGUCGGAGGGCAGCGACACCAGCGCAGCGCCGAUCUCGGAGACGGGGCGCCCCGGGCAGCGCCGCUGCGCCAGCCGUGACAACCUCAAGGGCAGCGGCAGCGCACUGGAGCGGGAAAGCAAGCGCCGCUCAUACCCGCUCAACACCAGCAGCCUGAACGGCGCCCCCAAGGGGGGCAAGUACGAGGAUUCCAGUGUUACCGGUGGUGCAGAGGCCAUAGCAGGAGGCUGCAUGAAGACCGGCCUCUGGAAGAGCGAGACCACCGUCUAGGGCAGAGGCGGGCCAGAUAUAAGAUCG